AUGGCGCCUUCAAGCACGACAAUGUCCCAUGCUCACUCAGGGGCGCCUCGGCUGCGAACUGCCAUCCUGGUGCUGAAGCCAACCCCUAUAACCGGGGCUGCAGCGCCAUUGAAAAAUGCCGCGGUGGUGUCGGUAACAACUGAGAGAGACUCUAUCAAGCCCGGUUAUUGGAAUGGUUUGGGUGGAGCCGGGAGGUCAGAUCACACGGGGAUUGCGAGUUAUGAUAGAACCUGGGUUUUUCAUCCGACCGACUCACACCCUGGAACGGCUUGA